AUGAGGCCAACUGGACGUCCAUCUCUGAGUUCGUGUUCUCGGGUGUGUCUGACCGCCAGGAACUGCAGCCCCAGCAUAGUUGGCAACUUCAUGCUGCUGGUGCUGAUGUGGACCAACCCCCAGCUCCGCACCCCCAUGUAUUUCCUCCUCAGCCAGCUGGCCAUAGUGGACAUGGGCACAGUCUCUGUCAUCCUGCCGGAGGCCCUGGUGCACGUCCUGAACAAACACAGGGCCAUCUCUUUCACCAACUGCAUGGUUCAGCUCUUCAUCUGGCUGUCUAUGGGAAACAUGGGGAGCUACCUGCUGGCUGCCAUGGCCUACGACCGCUACGUGGCUGUAUGCAAACCGCUGCGCUAUGCCACUGUGGUGACUCAGUCUCUGUGCCUCAAGAUGGUGGCUGGCUCCUGGGUCGUUGUGCUUCUUCAUGCUCUGCUGGCACUCGGCCCAUCACCAUCGAGCUGGUGA